AUCUUUGGGGUUAAACCAAGAGGGCGUUUCCACAGAAUGACGGUCGAAUCGGGUUGCAUCCCCCUCCUUCCUCCUCCAUCGCCAUCCCUGUCCCCUCAUCCCCCCCCCCUCCCUCGCUGUCGGACACGCGAGAGGUGUAGACGCUUCUGUCGGCUUUGCCCUCCUCGCAUGCCGAUGCCGCUGCCGAUGCUGCGAUAGCUCCCGGGCGCCGUGACGAGGAGUCGUACACAAAGUCACCGACACCCGCCCGGCUUCCCUGACGAUGCCACCGUCCGAGCAGAAUCGGCCCGCCUCACCCUCCUCACCCCUGUCGCGCUUCGGCAUCUGAUAACGGGAGCAGAGGAACGGAAAGAAGACGUUAGCACCACCACCACCAACAACAACAACAACCAGCGGAACAACCACCACGACCGACAACAACAAACACCGUCACACGGAACGGCCACAACUGCCACCAUCACCAACAAUAUUAACACACAACCACUAGAAACAACAAUAGCCACCAUCACCACCAACAACCCCCAUCACCUACGGAAUAUCCAUCACCACCACCAAAAAUAAUCAACACCAACGAAAGCAAACAAGCAACAACCGCCACCACCAACGGAGCAACAACCACCACCACCACCGCCACCACAACCAAUACAAUUCCUCAGCACUACAAGUGCAAGAACAAGGAAAGAACCAAAACCACCACCACCACCAACUGAACAACCACCUCCACCAGCAACGACAACAACAACCGCGACCACCACCCAAAGGGAAGGAGCCCGCAACCGCAUCCACGACUCCCGUCGGUCCUCUCUCCCCAGCCAGCGAGCCAGCCAUGGGCGUCCUUGGACGUAGCGCUUCGGCUCACCAAGGCUCGUCCAAGGGGGGAGCCGUGCCCGCUGCUGCCCUGCUGCUGCCCCUGGUGCUGGCCCUGGCGCUGCCCCUGCCGGGCCCCGGGUGGGCUCAGAACGAGACGGAGCCGAUCGUGCUCGAGGGCAAGUGCCUGGUGGUGUGCGACUCCAACCCCACGGCGGACCCGGCGAGCGGUGCCUCCUCGCUGGGCUUCACGGUGCGCUCGGGCACGGCCAAAGUGGCGUUCUCUGUGGUGCGGAGCACCAACCACGAGCCAUCCGAGAUGAGCAACCGCUCCAUGAUCAUCUACUUUGAUCAGACGCUGGUGAAUGUGGGGAACAACUUCGACGUGGAAUCGAGCACCUUCAUCGCUCCUCGCAAGGGCGUCUACAGUUUCAGUUUCCACGUGGUCAAAGUGUACAACAGACAGACCAUUCAGGUGAGCCUGAUGCUCAACAGCUGGGCCGUGAUCUCCGCCUUCGCGGGCGACCAGGACGUGACGCGAGAAGCGGCCAGCAACGGGGUGCUGCUGCUCAUGGAGAAGGGGGAUCGCGUGAACCUCAAGCUGGAGCGUGGGAACCUCAUGGGCGGGUGGAAAUACUCCACCUUCUCUGGAUUCAUGGUGUUCCCCUUCUAAUCGACAGGAGGUCGCUCAACUACUCGACCCCGCCCCUGGGGAGGUCACUCACCACUCGACCGCCCCUUCCACCCUCACCACUGCCCCCCCCCCCCCCAUUACUCCACUCGUCGCCUCCUCGUCCUUCUCGUCUUUAACCAUACUUCACCAUCAUCUGCUAGUCCCUACCGCCAGCCUCCUACCGCCUCCUCUUCUCUACCCCCCCCCCCCGACCCACCACCCCCCCGAGCCCUGGGAGAUCCGAAGGCAGAGGGGGGGGGGGAGGGGUG